GGUACGGUGAUAUGGUGCCUGCUACAAUCAUGGGGAAAAUUGUAGGUGGCGUCUGUUCACUGAGUGGUGUACUCGUCAUUGCACUUCCCGUUCCUGUUAUCGUGUCAAACUUCUCACGUAUUUACCACCAGAACCAAAGAGCAGAUAAACGUAAAGCACAGAAGAAAGCAAGGAUGGUUCGAAUCCGAAUCGCCAAGGCUACCAGCGGUGCGGCGUUUGUCAACAAAAAGAGAGCGAUGGAAGCGAAACUCGCCGCUCGGGCUAAUGUAAACGGUGUCGAGGAGAACGACGAGGACCUCUUUGAAUUACAACAUCAUCAUCUCCUGCUAUGUCUGGAGAAAACCACG